AUGACGGUAUCAGGCAAAGAAUUUGUUGUUCGAAUGGGAAUGCCAUGGUCAGGACUCAUAGUUUGGGUUGGUGACUUAACGACACUUCAAGCAACUCAGUCGUUAUAUGAAUUUCUACUCUUCUCUUCUGUACAUCAAAUAUGUGACAUUCCACUAAAGAUCUCCUUAUAUUUAUCUACCUACUCUCAGAAAAAUAAAGAUAAAAUGUUGAUAUCCCAAAACAAAGACACGAAGAAAAAAAGGAAUUUCUAA